AUGACGGCAUUCGACGACCUCGCUUCGUUGGACCCCAUCCAGCCUACGGCACCUUCCUUUCGCUCCUCAGCGACCGUUACGCAAGGUUUAAGCAAAACACAGGUACCGCCAGACAAAGGCAGUCUGAAUGAGCUCCAAGAUCAGAAUGAAGAAGCAGGACGAGAACUAGAAGAACAGAGUCACUGGGAUAACAAAGACAGAGAAUCAGAAACAAGCCAUUUGGAUGAGCUCCAGGAUCGGAAUCAACAACCAAACCAACAGACUCGCCGGGUCACAGGCAAAGAAAGAUAUGGAGACAGAGAGGCUGACAUCGACAAGUUCGCGACGCUCUUUUCGCCGUCUACACCGCGCGCCUCGCCCACGCUCGUCUCACAGGCCCUUCCAGAUGUAGGGGACGUUGCGCACAUUGGUGUUGCCCCAACUCAGAGGUCGCAGCCACAACCACAGCCUCACUCGUACCGGCAUCGACGAACACUCAGCACGGCGAGUAGAGCGAGCACAUCUUCUCAACAAAGCGAUUUCGGCGCGUUCGUGUCAGUACCCGCGUCUGAGGACCCACUAUUAUUGUCUGCGGAUUUUUUAGGUUUCGCGGAUGAAUGUGUCGAUAAUCAGAUUGCCAACGAGGGCGACGGAGUGCAGACGCCUAUGCUCGUAACGCCUACGACGGCAACGGCGAAGACUCAUGCACCACUAGCUUUUGGGGAUCUGUAUCAUAGCGCAGAAGGGGGUAACUCUAGCAGCUUGAGCGAUGAUCAGGUUGAUAUUCCGCAGUCCAUCUCACUAUCACAGGCGCCUAACUCAGCGUCGAGUCUUCAAGUACAUUCUGAUCCGUUCCCAUCCUCAACAUCUUCAUUAUCAUCCUUAACGAAGCAAAAGCCUAGAAUGACUCGCGAUCCAUCCUUUUCUUCCAUUUCUUCCCUCUCAUCUAAUAUAACUACUUCUACUACUCAAUCUUCUACGACAACCAACACCAACUCUUCUAAUUCCACUUCAUCAAAAUCCUCCUCAAACACCAAUUCCUCCGCCUCCACCGCCACCUCCAGCACAAACCCAACCCUUUCCUUCUUCGACCAAUUCGCACAGGACGCGCGCGCCCGCACGGCACGGCGCAGCGCAUUACUUGAGGAGCUGUUGAUGCACGAGGACGAUCCAAUGUAUUUCGUGAAAGGAGAGACUGCUACAUCUGCAUCAGCGUCGUCAGCAUCUGUAUCACAACCUGUGCUGCCUCUGCCGUCAUCCCCUGCGCCGUCGAACCCACACGGGUCCGAAUCUCCAUUUAAUUUGGGCAUGGAUAGGGAGGUAAAUGUCACACACGACCUUGACCACGACUACUUCCGCACUCCGCCCCCUUUGCCUUCAAACCCAUUCAAACUCAAUUCGAAUGCGAAUGCAAAUGAUUACAACCCCACCUCUUCCACGCAACAAACACAAACGGCACCGCACCAUUCUUUGGUUACUUCUUCAGAAACCCCACAUCAACCGCGGCAGCUGACCCGGCGAUCGUCCUCAAUUUUGAUGCCAGCAGCAGGCACGCUUGCACCGCCUGUGCACUCACCGUCGGAGGGGAUGUUAGGUGCGGGAAGGAUGGUGAGCUCGCCGCCUGUCGAUGAGAAUUUGGUCUAUGAGCAUGUAGAACGAGAGGGUGACGGUGACGAGAAGCUCGAUCGUGCUCAGGGUCUGACUGGCUCGCUGUCAUCUUUACCUGGUAAAUGGAUGUCAACGCUGUUGCGCGGUGCGCCUGCGGGUUCGCAUCAGGGUGGGAGUGCCAAAGCGACGCUCGAGUCAAUUUUCGAUCAUCCUCAUCCCUCUGCUCAGGAUCCUGUCCUGGGACGGCGAUCGUCACCCUCCCCAUCGCCGAGGCACCCUCCCCAACCCCCGACCUUCACUCACGCGAAUGCGUUCUCCCCGCCUCCUCCUCCCAUGUCUACCUCCAUGUCGACCCCACUCUCCAUCUCCCCGUCUACAUCCUCUCUUUUUCUACCACCCCAAUCAACCCUGACGCAGAUCACGCACUCCGCAUCGCCGUUCGCACCACACAUAUUUAUUCCGCCCUCCGGUGCACCUGGGUUCGGAGGGGAGCGGGAGCUGGGGAUGCACGCCUGGGAGGGUGGGAUGGCAGAGGCAUUGGAGGCCGAACGGAGGGGUGUGGAGAAGGGUGGUAAAGGCGAGAGCACCACACAAAAGGAAAUAGAUCGAAAGGCGAAGACACUCCCACCGAUGUCUGGGUCUGGGUCUGGGUUUGCGCAGGUCGCGUUGGAUAGUAAAGGUGCUGUUGCGAGUACAGGAAGGCGCGAGAGGGAGUCGUCGGGUGGGAGUGCUAGCAGCGCGAGUUCAAGUAAGGGAUGGGGUAGUGGCUUCGGGUUUUCGUUUGGGUCAAUUCGUACUAGUAAGACGUCGACGUCUGCGCCUGCGUCGGGUGUAGCUGGACAUGGCGGCGGCUCUGGGAAUGCGAAAACAUGGGGAGAUGCUCAACAUGGUAAGCCAUACCCUACUGGGCAUAAACAAGGAGAUAGCAAUGGUAUUGAUCCAAUACAAUGGUCAGCGUCAGGUUUAACUUCAGUUUCGCAUUCAGAUGGCUUUGGGAGUGCGGGAAAGGGCCAGGAUGGUAGCAUAGGCGCAUUCAUAGAGCGUAAAGCGGGCAAGGUCGAGUUGGCCGGGCGCAAGGCAUCGACGACGCCCGUAUUGAACGAGGAGCUGGCUGUAUUGUUACGCCCCUCACUUCCUGCACUCUCCCGCCUCCCACGUAUUUGGACUCUCAUCUACUCACUUGACCAGCAUGGCAUCUCCUUGAACACGCUUUACGCCCGCUGCGAAGCCCACGCGACGCGACGCGCCAAACCAGGCGAAGUUCUGAUCAAUGCUGGUGCAAUGCUGGUGGUAGUCAAGGACGCGCAAGGGGCGUUGUUUGGCGCGUGGCUUUCAGAGGGAGUGAGGAUGGAGAAGAAGGGGAAGGGGUAUUUUGGGGGUGGGGAGUCGUUUUUAUGGAAAUUUGUGGAUGGGGUAUUGAAAGUGUUUAAGUGUACGGGCAAAAACCACUACGUGACGCUGUGCGACCCGGACUACAUCUCCUUCGGCGGAGGCGACGGUCACUCCGGCCUGUACCUCGACGAAACGCUCUACGACGGAACUUCAGCACCCUGUCCGACAUUCGACAACGAGCCGCUCUGCGCACCCGGACCACACAAGGGCGUGAGUGUGUCAUUUGAAUGCGUCGGCUUAGAGGUGUGGGGACUUGGGGGUUAA